AUGAAGUUCAACGUUGCUGCCGCUGCUGCCAGCGCGGCCUUGAUGGCCGGUGGCGUGAGCGCCGACGAACAGAAGGUCCUCAAGGACGAGCCCAGCUCGGUUGCCGAGGCGGCUGCCCCGGAGCUGCCGACCUUUACCCCCACCAAGCUUAAGGCGCCGUUCCUCGAGCAAUUCACCGACGACUGGGAGAAGCGGUGGAAGCCCUCGCAUGCCAAGAAGGACACACAAGGCGAUGAGGAGUGGGCGUACGUUGGCGAGUGGUCCGUCGAGGAGCCUGCUGUCUACAAGGGCAUUGAGGGCGACAAGGGCCUUGUCAUCAAGAACGCCGCCGCUCACCACGCCAUCUCGGCCACGUUCCCCAAGAAGAUUGACGCCAAGGGCAAGCCCCUGGUCGUUCAGUAUGAGGUCAAGCUUCAGAAUGGUCUCGAGUGCGGUGGUGCCUACAUGAAGCUGCUGCGGGACACCAAGGCCCUGCACCAGGACGAGUUCUCGAACACGACCCCCUACGUCAUCAUGUUCGGCCCCGACAAGUGCGGCCACACCAACAAGGUCCACUUCAUCUUCAACCACAAGAACCCCAAGACGGGCGAGUACGAGGAGAAGCACUUGACCUCUCCCCCGACCGCCAAGAUUGUGAAGACGACCGAGCUGUACACGCUCAUCGUCAACCCUGACAACACCUUCGUCAUCCAGCAGAACGGCGAGCAAGUCAAGGAGGGCAGCCUCCUCGAGGACUUCAGCCCCUCCGUCAACCCUCCCCAGGAGAUUGACGACCCCAAGGACACGAAGCCAGAGGACUGGGUUGACGAGGCCCGGAUCCCUGACCCGGAGGCUACCAAGCCGGAGGACUGGGACGAGGAUGCCCCGUACGAGAUCGUUGACGAGGAGGCCACCCAGCCCGAGGACUGGCUGGUUGACGAGCCCAAGAUUAUCCCCGACCCGGAGGCCGCGAAGCCCGAGGAUUGGGAUGAUGAGGAGGAUGGCGACUGGGUGCCUCCCACUGUCGCCAACCCCAAGUGUGCUGAGGUGUCUGGCUGCGGCGAGUGGACUCAGCCGUUGAAGAAGAACCCUGAUUACAAGGGCAAGUGGUCGGCGCCGUACAUUGACAACCCGGCCUACAAGGGUGUGUGGGCGCCACGCCAGAUCAAGAACCCCGACUACUUCGAGGACAAGACCCCGGCCAACUUUGAGCCUAUCGGCGCUCUUGGCUUUGAGAUCUGGACCAUGCAGAACGACAUUCUUUUCGACAACAUCUACAUCGGUCACUCGGCUGAGGACGCCAAGGCGCUCGCAGACGAGACCUUCUUCAAGAAGCACCCCGUUGAGAAGGCCCUCGAGGAGGCGGACAAGCCCAAGGAAGCCGAGAAGCCCAAGUCGCCCAGCGACCUCAACUUCCUCGACGACCCCAAGACGUACAUCCAGGAGAAGCUCGACCUCUUCCUGACCAUCGCCAAGCAGGACCCUCUUGAGGCGAUCAAGUUUGUGCCUGAGGUUGCUGGUGGCCUUGCCGCUGUCUUCGUUACCUUCGUUGCCCUCCUCUUUGGUCUCCUCGGUCUUGGCUCCUCUGCCGCCCCGGCGGCUAAGAAGGUUGCCGGCGAUGUCAAGGAGAAGGCGAAGGACGCCAAGGACAAGGCUGCUUCGGCUGCUACUACAGGCGCGGAUACCGCCAAGGAGGCUACCAAGCGCACCACCCGGAGCCAGUCGUAA